AUGACAGACACCACCACAAACCUCCUAACAAUCCCCCUCCUAAUAAAUGGCCAAGAAAUCCACACACCAACAACCUUCCCCAUAACAUCCCCCCUACACAAACACCCCCUGCUGGCUCUCCUCCUCCGCAACCACCCACCACGCCCUCGACGCCGUCUCAGCCGCCUCCACCGCAUUCCCAAGCUGGAGCGGUUGGAGGAGAAUGCGGGCUAUAUGCGGACGGAAAUGGGCGCGGAUGAGGGGGCGUCGGCGGGGUUUGUGGUUCCGUUGGCGAUUAGGAUGUUGAGGGAUGUUGCGGGGAGGAUUGGGGGAAUUUGUGGGAGUGUGCCUAUUGUUGAGGCGGAGGGGCAGAGUGCUAUUGUGUAUAAGGAGGCUAUGGGGGUUAUUUUGGGGAUUGUUCCGUGGAACGCGCCUUACGUCUUCGGCAUUCGCUCCGCCGCCUGCGCCCUCGCAGCAGGAAACACAACGAUCCUCAAAUCCUCCGAACUCACUCCACGCUGCUAUUGGGCUAUCGGCCGUGCCUUCGAGGACGCAGGUCUACCCGCGGGCUGUCUGAACAUCUUACACUGUCGACCAGAAGAUGCACCCGAGGUCGUCAACGUCAUGAUCGAGCAUCCGGCUGUGCGCAAGAUCAAUUUCACCGGUAGUACGGCGGUGGGCCGGAAGAUUGCGCGAACAUGUGGACAGAAUCUGAAGCCUUGUCUCAUGGAGUUGGGUGGGAAGAAUAGUUCGAUUGUAUGCGCGGAUGCGAAGUUGGAUGUUGCGGUGCAAGGCGUGUUGGCGGGUGCUUUUUUGAAUUCCGGCCAGAUUUGCAUGGCAACAGACCGCAUCCUCGUCCAUUCCUCCAUCGCCGCAGAAUUCACCACAGCACUAAAACAGGCCCUCGCCACGUGGACAUCAUCAUCCACCCUCCCUCCAACCCUCGUCAACACAGCUUCAAAAACCCGAGUGCAGAAUCUUAUCUCCAACGCCCUCGCCGCCGGCGCACAUUUCAUCUCCGGCUCGGCAGAUACAAAUAAUCCCCUCCCCGCCGACGCAGGCGUGCGCAUGGCCCCCUCCAUCCUGGGCGGAGUCACCGAGGAUAUGGCCGUGUGGCAGGAAGAAGCGUUUGCGUCUGUGGCAGCAUUUAUGGAAUUCGAGAGUGAGGAGGAGGCGGUGCGGAUGGCGAAUGGGAGUGGGUAUGGGUUGUCGGCGAGUGUGUUUACGGAGGAUUUGAGGAGGGGGUUUGCCCUUGCGAGGAAGAUUCAGUCUGGGGCUGUGCAUAUUAAUAGUAUGACGAUUCAUGAUGAGCCGGUGCUACCGCAUGGGGGAGUGAAGAAUAGUGGAUGGGGUCGAUUCAAUGCGGAUGAGGGGUUGAAUGAGUUUUUGGUGACGAAGAGUGUGACUUGGAUGGAUUAG